AGCUGUUCGUCAUUUGAUUUUUCAGUUGAAUCUCCGCUUUAUUAGUGCUUUAUUAGCCGUUUAAAAAAUAUCAAUCAGCAUGAGUACUUCGGACAAAGCCGAUAGCAAGACAAUUGAAUCCUUGCAGAAUCUCGCCCACCGACUCCGAAUCUUGUCAAUUGAUGCGACUAACAAAAGCAAUUCUGGGCAUCCGACGUCAUGUUGCUCAAUGGCCGAAAUUGUUUCGGUUCUUUUCUUCAACGAAAUGCGCUACAAGUUGACUGCGCCCAAGGAUCCUGCGAACGAUCGAUUCAUCCUGUCUAAAGGUCAUGCUGCUCCGAUCCUGUACGCUGCUUGGGCGGAAGCUGGUCUUUUCCCUGUUUCGGACCUGGACAACCUUCGCAAGUUGGACUCGGAUCUUGAGGGACAUCCGACUCCGAGGCUGAACUUCGUGGAUGUAGCGACUGGAUCCCUCGGGCAAGGAUUGGGUGUAGCUGCGGGAAUGGCGUAUGUCGGGAAGUACUUGGACUCGGCGGAUUACCGCACUUACUGUUUAAUUGGCGAUGGAGAAGCAGCCGAAGGAUCCAUUUGGGAAGCCCUCAACUUUGCGUCCUAUUACCAACUGGACAACCUCGUGGCCAUCUUCGACGUCAACCGUCUCGGUCAAUCAGAUCCCACUUCUUUGGGCCAUGACAUGAACACGUACAAGAACCGUUUGGAGAGUUUUGGAUUCCAUGCCCUCGUGGUUGACGGACACAACAUUCAAGAACUUCUCGACGCCCUUGCGGAAGCUAAAAAGACGAGUGGGAAACCCACGGCCAUUCUAGCCUUCUGUAAGUUCCCCUUUAUAAAUUCAAAGACAUUCAAGGGGAAAUACAUUCCGGGAAUUGAGGAUCUCGAGGGGUGGCACGGGAAACCCCUGGGUAGCAAUGGUCCAGCUGCGAUCGAAGCGAUUCAAAAGCUGAUUACGGAUCUUGACGUGAAGCCUGUUCCUGCGGCUCCAACCGAAAGUAACCUGGUUCCUGUGGAUGCAUCCAGUAUCAAAUUGUCUGAUCCUCCGGCGUACACGAAGGGAGAUAAAGUGGCGACGAGAGUUGCUUACGGAACUGCGUUGGUCAAGUUGAACAGCGAUCGUGUCAUUGCAUUGGACUGCGAUGUCAAGAACUCGACCAACUCGGAGAAGUUGCGCAAGAUUGACAAAUUGCGCCACAUCGAAUGCUUCAUCGCCGAGCAGAACAUGGUCGGGGUUGGGAUCGGGGUCGGGUGCCGACACCGGGCCAUUCCGUUUUGUUCCACGUUCGCCACGUUUUUCACGCGAGCCUUUGACCAGAUCCGCAUGGGCGCCAUUUCCCAGAGCAACCUCAAGUUCGUGGGCUCACACGCCGGCGUGAGCAUUGGAGAAGAUGGCCCGUCGCAGAUGGGCCUGGAAGACCUGGCCAUGUUCCGCACGGUUCCCAACUGCACCGUCUUCUACCCGUCGGAUGCCGUGUCUACGGAGAGAGCCGUUGAGAUCGCGGCUCGUUUGCCUGACAUGUGCUUCAUUCGAACGUCGCGACCGAAUUCCACUGUCAUCUACGACAACGACGAAUCCUUUGAGGUCGGCAAAGCGAAAGUUGUCAAGAAGUCAGACGAUGAUAAGGUGUUGGUGAUUGGAGCUUGCGUGACUCUUGAGGAAGCUUUAACUGCCUCUAAGCAACUGGCCGAAGAAGGGGUGAACAUCAGGAUUAUGGAUCCGUUUACGAUCAAGCCGAUUGACCGCGAAGGCAUCAUCGCCAACGCUCAAGAAUGUGGCGGGAAAAUCAUCACUGUCGAGGAUCAUUAUCCUGAAGGUGGAUUGGGAGAAGCGGUUCUUUCUGCUGUCGCUGAAUGCCCCGGAAUCAUUGUCAAAAAGUUGGCAGUGCCGAGAAUUCCCCGAUCUGGACCUCCAACUGCUCUGUUGGACAUGUUUGGAAUUUCUGCGAAGAGCAUUGUAGAAGCGGUCAAGUCCCUGAACUGAAGAGAUGAUAUGAUGUAACACACGUAAUAUUAUCUGCUAAUAAUAAGAGCCGUGUCGGUACUUUGCUUCAGGUUUAAGCGGUGCUUCUCGAUUUUCAGCAUUACUGUAUUUUAGAUGUUCCGGUGAAAAAGAAAAACAAAACUGUGGGCUGAGGUUUCAGUAGGGUAAUCAAAACAUGUUUACUGCCAUUUUUCGGGACAUUCCGGUUUGUGAUGGGUACUUAAUAGCUUUGCGCGUUCUGUUCUUUGAGAGGACGUCAUUAGAGAUGGUUUUUUUGUUGUUUCACAUUUGUAAACAGCACCUUGGCGUAUUUUGCUAGAGCUGAAACUGUGUUGUCAACUCGGAAUUGCUGCACUUUUCGCGAAUUCAAUUGGUAUGCCUCACUGUUUUCUCAAGCUUAUACGUGCAAUAGUAUUUUAAAGAUGAGUCCGAAGAUCGAUUACUGUCUAUCCAUCUGUGUAUCUGCUGGCCUAUUCUUACUUUGUGACUAUGCUGGAUACAUUCGAAACGAAUAAACUCGAGAAAGGUAAA